AUGAAGAGAAAGAAUGAUUUUCAAAGUCAGGAAAAGGAGGUUAAACGGCAACAUGAAGAGUACGAUAAUAGGCCAAUUAUAAAGAUACCACUAACGGAGCAUUGGUCAACAGUAAUUACCAAACAUGGCGAUAGGUUCUAUUUCAAUUCUUCUAGAAAGAAGUCAUUUUGGCAAUUACCAGAUGGAGGUAGGGAUGAGGAGUGGACUAAAGCUGAUCAGGCUCUAUCGAGAUUCAAGAAUGUUAUAAUAACCAUUAUCGGUAUAGUUCGGGGAUAUAGUAUAGAAAAGUUUGUCUGGAAUACAGAGAAAAAAGAACUGCUCUUGGAUCAGAUACAAAAAGUAAUAGGCACAGCGGCCAAUGAUGAAGCUGUACAGGUUACACCUGAAACUAAAGAGGAUGACAUGAAAGAUACAACUACCGAGAUAUCAGAUACGGUAACUUUAAAGGUUAAUGAAACCGGCUUCAAAGGGACUAAAUCAGUAAGCGAAAAGCAACAAGAUGUUACUGAGGAAGCAAAGGGUCUUCAAAUCGGUUAUGAAUCUUCUUCUAGCGGGGAAGAAGAACAGGAGCAGGAAACUGCAGAGACAAAAAAUGAGGGAAAAGACUCGAAUGAAAACACGACCAACAAUUCUUCCAAUUCUACUGGAAAUGAGGAAUCAUCGGAUGAAUUUGGCUUGGAUAUAGAUGAUUUGGAUGAUUUAGAUGAAGGAGAAAAUACAAGUAUUGGUGAUUCCGGGAUAUUUAAAGAGUACAAGGACGAUCAUUUGGCCUUAAACUUUAUUAAUCUCCUCGAAAGGAAGUCCAUAGAUCCAUUCUCUGCCUAUGAACUCGAACGUGAAAAGUUUAUGUUAGAACCAGAAUAUAUAGCUGUUAGUGCUGAGAAAGCAGAGGAACUUUUUAACUAUUGGUGCUUUAAAAAGUCGUUCAGUAACGAGAAUAGUACGCCGAACAGAGAAUAUUCUGAAGAAGAGGAAGAAGGAAAGGAAGAAGCACCAGAUAAUAUAAAGGUUUAUUUGGAGUGGAUGAAAUCGCUCGACAGAAUUCCCAAAUAUUACUUUGAACUAAGACGGAAGCUUCGACAUAGUGAUAUAGCAAGGAAAAUAGUACCGGAUGAGAGACUUGUUAAGCAUAUUUUCCAAGUGUAUCAGCGGCUAUUGAAGCAAAACAAAGGAAAGAAAGAGACAUUGGAAGCACUUGAGCAAGAAGUACGAUCCGAAAUGUAA